GUUAAGAAAUAUUGACAUAGACAAUGUACUUAAUGAUAUUAACAAUAUUUGUAUUAACAAUACAUAGUUUAACUAAUGCUAAAUACAUUGUAAAUCGUUAUGACGAUAUCAAGUGCAACUUAGACACAAAGCUGAUUAAUGAAAUAGCGUCGUAUAAAAAUGUAACGAGAAUGAUAAUGGACGAAAUAAUCGCUAAUGGACAUGGUCAUAACAUGUAUCAACAGUAUUCAAAUUUCAUCGAUACCUUCGGGGCACGUCCAUCUGGUUCAGAUAUAUUAGAAAAAUCUAUUGACCAUAUGAUAAACCUUACCAUACAAAAUGGUUUACCUACAGUUCAAACUGAAGAAGUAGAGGUACCUCUUUGGGUGCGUGGUCACGAAUCUGUAGCCAUGAUAAAACCUCAUCCAAAAAACAUAGCUGUGAUAGGUUUAGGGUCUAGCGUUAGCACACCUCCAGAGGGAAUUACAGCUGAGGUAAUAGUGAUACGUAGUUUUAAAGAACUUGAAAAAACUGAUGAUAAUAAUAUAAAGGGGAAAAUUGUGCUCUUUGAUGCUCAUUACAUCACUUACGGAAAUACUGUAAGAUAUAGAUCACAAGGUGCUUCAAAAGCUUCAAAGAAAGGUGCUGUAGCUUCAUUAAUACGAAGUAUUACCCCUUUCUCUAUAUAUUCACCCCAUACAGGAGCCCAAUUUUAUGAAGCAAAUGUAACUAAGAUUCCAACAGCAGCAAUCACUUUAGAAGAUGCAGAUUUGUUGCGAAGAUUUCAAGAUCAGGGAGAAAAAAUUAUACUGAAUAUAAAAAUGUUUAAUAUUCACGGCCUUAAAAAGUCUAGAAAUACUAUAGUAGAUUUGAAAGGUAAAGAGUAUCCCGAAAAAUUCGUAAUUGUAUCUGGUCAUAUUGAUAGCUGGGAUGUUGGUCAAGGUGCAAUGGAUGACGGAGGAGGUAUGAUAAUUAGCUGGUUUGCGCCAGUUAUAUUAAACCUUUUACAUUUAAAACCUAGACGAACUGUGAGAGCAAUAUUGUGGACUUCUGAAGAGCCAGGUCUAAUUGGUGCAGCAGCAUACUUAAAUAAACAUAUAAACGAGCUGUCAAAUAUAAAUUUUAUAAUGGAGUCGGAUGAAGGUACAUUCAGCCCUCAAGGCUUAGACGUGGCUGGUUCCAAUACAGCUCGUUGUAUAAUUGCGGAAAUUCUAAAACUAUUUUCUCCCGUAGAUAAAAUGACAAAUAGUGGUGGUCCAGGGUCAGACAUUACCUUAUUUGUAGAAAAAGGUAUUCCUGGUGCUUCAUUGUUAAAUGAAAAUGAACGGUACUUUUGGUUUCAUCAUAGUGAAGGGGACACUAUGAACGUACAAAAUAAUGUUGAUGUUAUAGAUUGUGCUGCAUUUUGGGCAGCAAUAUCGUAUGUUAUCGCAGAUAUUUCUAUAGACAUACCCCGUCAUUGAUUGCUAAGUAACAACGUAACCCAAUAAAGCAAUAAAUUGCGUUAUUGUUUGGCCAAGAAAAAUACUUGUCUUCCACCGUGAAAGGCUCUUGAUGAAAUACUGCAGAUUUUUUACGUCUCUCGUGGAAUCAAACAUCGAGCCUCCGGCACUGACACUCUUUGUGUUCCGACGCGUUGUAACAAAUUGCGCUCUCAGAACAACCCUUUGAGAAUCGAAAUGUUGGCAUCCUUCAUAGAGAUUUGUAACGAAAAUAUCACUACUUGAAUAUACCUGCAUUAUUCGAAAACAUAUCGACAUUUGUUAAAAAGAAAUAAAAACAGUAACAGUUGUUUACUUUUUACAAUAACUAAAUCUAGUUAAGUAUUUAUUGAAGUAAAUAUUAUCUUCUUAAAUUGAUAAU